AGAUAAUGACAAGUACACCACCUUUUUGUUGUUCUUUCCAUGUGAUCUUUCCUUGGAGGAUGUGCGAACUCUCCUCUUACACAAACUCACCCAAUAUGCCUCACCAUCACCCAAUAUCACAACUUGCCUUGCACCAUUUCAACUCCUUUCUCCACCAUUAACAUCCCUUUUACUAUCAUCAUCUCAUUACAUUCCAUAUUCAUCCCUCUCUCCACCAAUAUAACUUCAACAUUCUGAAGUUGCAGUUAGAAAAACCAAAAACAAAAAUUGCCCAUUUCUUUUUCAACCAAAAAUUUUCUUGGGUACCUUUCGGAAGUCUCUAAAUUUACUCUUUCUUUAUCUGGGUAUUCUGUUUCAUUGUUUUAAUAUCUGGGUGUCUCAUUGAAGUUAAAAAUAAGAGGUUGUAAGUGCAUGUUGAGUGAUUGGAUGAAUUCUAUGAAGCAAUGAAGAUGAAGUCAUUAAGCAGGGUUGGACUUGGUUUAAGUGUGGUAUUUACUUGUUUAUUAUUAGCACUAAUUGCUGAAAUUUACUACUUAUUAUGGUGGAAAAGAAGAAUCUUUAAGAGAGAGAUUAAGGAUGAUUAUAAUACUAGGAAUACAUCAAAGGACUAUUUUUACAUGUUUUGUUGCAAAACACAAUCAAACGCUUCAGCAUUGAAUAUUUCCACAGUUAUCCCAAAUGCCCAAAUCCAUCAAUCAUCUGACCAAGAUUUCCAUUUCCAUUCCCAAGAUAACAAGGAUUAUAUGGUUAAACCCUUUGAAGAAAAUGGUGGUGUUGGUAAUGGUAAUGGUAAUGGGAAUGGGAUUGAUUUCAUGACAGGUCCACCAAGGUUUUUAUUCACUAUUAGAGAGGAAACAAAAGAGGAAUUGGAAUCAGAAGAUGGGAAAUCAAGGAAAGGGAAAAGUAGAAGUUUAAAUGAUUUCCUGAAAAAUGUUGAAAAUAAUAAUACUCCAUAUGUUACACCAAUUUCUUCUCCUCAAUUUGUGACACCUCCAAUAACACCAAUGGGUUCAUGUCAUAGUAGUCAAAGUGGUGGGUACAAUCCAUUUUUUGAGUGUUCAAGUGAUGCUGAAUUUAAUAAGAUUGUGAAAUGUUCUCCACCUCCAAAGUUCAAGUUCUUAAGGGAUGCUGAGGUUAAAUUACAGAGAAAAAUUAUGUUGAUGGAAGAAGCAAAAAAGGAGGCAAAUUUGCAAAGAAUUGCUGAGGAAAAUGGGUCUUUUAUUAGAAUUAUUGUUGCUAAAAACAAUGGGAAUGAUACAUCAAAUCACCAUUACCAUUCCCCUCAUUGUCGUACAGAUGAUUCUUCUUCUUCUUCUUCUUCUUCAGCACAGGUACUUCCUUUGGCUUCUUCUCCUUCAUCUAACAGAAAAUUCAAGAGUUUUUUGAUGGUAUAAUGUAUGAUGAACUAUGUUUUUUUUUUAUAUAAUUUUUUAUGUAUUUUUUGUAUGACAGUAUUUCUGAAUAUUAUUUGGGAUGUUUGUUAUCCCAGUAGUGGUGGUGUUGUGGGAGUGCAGAUUUUGGUCAAACUAUAAUACCCACAAAUUUUUUAUAUUUACUUUGAUCCCUUUCUUUUUUUUGA